CCUUGCCUGUCAUUUUACUGAGGGCGGACAGCAGGCAGUAAUAAGGAACCUGACUCAUACACCACCACCACCACACACUGACACGUUAACAGGGAUUCCUCGGCAUGUCACUUCCGAACUUUUCAGUGUAACCUCGGUUGGCCGGGGGACCCAGCUAACACGGACAUUUGUCUCAAAUCUUUCCAAUCCUCAUUUCCGACCCACAUCAGACACAAUGUUAUCGAAUCUUUCUCCGAAUUUCCGGGGUCCGACUUCCGAUGCAAAGUCUGUCCCAGUGCAGUAACACUUGGAAGGAUUCCUGGAAACCAAAACUUGGCCAGCUUCAAUGUCACUUCACAUGGACCCCACUAAAAGAAAACAUCGAUUUGGAUGAUAUGAAGCACAGAUUAGAAGAUUUAAUACAGGCUGGUGUAAAAUAUCAAGCCAUGUCUUACAACCAUCUCGCUUUUAUACACUGCCUGUUAGGAAAUUGUGAAGAGGCAAUUCAGAAUUUAAAGGAAGCUGAAAGGAUUCUGAGGGAGAGACAUGGAGAUGAAUUUGAGAAAAGGAUCUUGGUCACCUAUGGAAACUAUGUCUGGGUUUAUUAUCACAUGGACCGACUGGAGGAGGCUCAGUCCUACCUCGACAAGCUGGAGGCGGUCUGUAAACUAUUUCCUGAAGCCUCUCGGUUUACAGCAAUGAUACCUGAGCUUUACGGGGAGAAGGGCUGGUCACUGUUGAGGUCAAGCAGGAAGUAUUAUGAGGAAUCAAAGGAAUGUUUUAAAAAGGCUCUUGAGGAAGAUCCUGAUAACACGGAAUGGAUUGUUGGCUAUGCCACUGUUCUAUCUCGUCUGGAAGUGUUUUCUGGUACCACAGCGCAUCAUCAGCCCAGAGAAUCAGUGAAGUGGUUUAGACGUGUGUUGGAGCUUGACCCUGAUGACUCGGUAUCCAUGGUGAUGUUGGCUCUCAAACUUCAGGAGUUCAAACAAAAGGAGGAAGCAUGCGUGUUAGUGGAACGAGCUUUGCAGAAGUCCCCUGAUCUUCUGUACGUGCUUCGAUAUGCAGCCAAAUUUCUGAGGAAAGAAGGAGAUUUGGAAAGGUCUUUGGAGCUGUUGAAAAAAGGAUUGAAAAUUGCUCCAGAGUCGGCCUUCUUACAUCACCAAGCAGGACUGUGUUACAAAACCAAACUAAUGCCACUGAUCAAAAAUCCACACCUCAAGAAUCUUCACAAACUUAGUUCACAACAGGUAACCAAAUUGAUCAAUCAGUGCAAGCAUCACUUCAAAAAGGCAAGUGAGAAUCGCCCUUUAACAUUUGUUAUUGCAAAGUUGGAUUAUGCAAUAAUAUGCUCAUUAAAUAAAGAAUAUCUCAAAGUAGAAGAGAUCUUCAGCAACCUACUGAAGUCCGAGCAGAUACACCCUGAUGAUAAACAAUCAGUAUAUUUACAGGCUGGCUUAUUUGAAAUGCAUCACAAAAGAUCAGAAUCAAAUGCCAUUGCUCAUUUUCUGGAAGGACUUAAAUUGAAACGUGACUCAUUGGAAUGGGAAUUAUGUCACAAAAACUUGAUCAAGAUUGCAACCAGACAAAUUGAUAGGAAUCAAACAGAUAGCAAGGCCUUUGGUAUCCUUGGACAUGUACACCAGCUGACUGGGGAGAAGCGUGACGCUAUUGAAUGCUUUGAAAAGGCCUUACAAAUUGAUUGUGACAAUGAGGAAUAUAUAAGUGCUCUUUUGGAACUCCGGCUUUCCCUUCAGGCUCAAAAUGAUGCACCAAACUAAAGUUGAAUACGUUGCAUUAUAGUGUUGCCUUCAGACCCAAAUGUGAACUUCAGCACAGUGGUGUUUAAAAUACAGCUGAUAAGAUUACAGGAAAAGCUUCUGCUAUAAUUUAUUAGUGUAAAUGUAAACAUGAAAUCUUCCUGUGAACAAUUCUUUCAAUCAGUGUAAUAGAGUGCAAUCCACUUUUCUGUUUGGAGUAACAAAUAAGCAUUGCAUUUAAAAGUUACAACCAUUUACGCACUUUUGUUGUACUGAUAAAACUGUACACCAUGAAAAAUAAGCAGUUUGCUAAGUGUGUCAUGUCCUUCACGUGUGAUAAACCUGUAUGAAAACGAUUUCAAGAAAAGGAUAUGGUCUCUGAACAGAUAUGGCAGGUACUGAUUUAACAGAUUUUAGUAUAUACUGAUAAUUAUUUCUUUCACAUCAAUCUAAUUGAUCAUUUUGUAUAUAAACAAAUAUUCAUGAAUGCUAUUCUCCUGCAAAUAACAAUGACCAUUAAUGUGAAUUCAUUUUUCCCUCUAUAUUCUCGCAAGUAUAAUGUUUGAAGCAUUAGUCUGUUGGCAACUAAUUAGCUACAGCUCCCUGAUUUUCAAUUCCUUCUGAGUGUUUCAGUUCCACUGGAUGACUUACAGCUAAACGAUAUAAAAAUGGUGCAAUAAUAACUAUGUAAAGGGUAUCUUUUCAACUAGAAGUGCAAAUUUACUCUGAUAUCAGAGACUGGACAUUCAAAUAGCCAAUAAAGAGAAACUUCUGCUAAA